GGUAACGAACGCCGAUCACUUUUGCGAUCCGCUGCACUUAACAAAUUACAGACUGACCGAAUACAAUUGCCGAAUUGGCAAGCAGGACGACUGGAUAAGGUUCCCGAAGUGACAGCUUUUACCACUCAACAACAAGCUGCACAGCAGAACGGUGGGCUGAAAUUCAUUGGGCCAAUCGGUGUUGGUUUUGGCGUUGGUGUUGGUGCACCAUUCGAUCCAGUGAGCGUUGGUGCUAGGGUACGUUUUUCAUUCACACUUGCUUUUGUUAAAAAUUUGGCAUUUCAAUAUCUGAGUAGCAAGCAUUGCUAA